AUGCAGGAUUAUGCAAAUCCGGGGGGCGGCAACGAGCGGGGGCUCUCGCCAAAGGCACCUUCGCUCCUCGACGGGGCGGGAGGGAGACCCCCCCCAAAGUACCGUGCGCGCUCGCUCGGCAGAGGCAAGGCGCGCCCGCGACGAGCCCGUUGUCCGCUGGCGACCCCAGACCGGGCGCGGAGGGCGGCUGCCGUCGGACUCCGGCUUCCACCAGCAGGCGCGGAGCUGCAGAGAUCCCCGGGCUCCGGAGGCUGGCACCGGGAAGAGGGCGUCGGGGGGCUCGUGGGCGCAGCCGCGUGGCGACGGCCUCGCCAGAACGGCCUUCGAAACCCUCGAGGAGCCAAGCGGACGCCGGACAACCAGCCGAACCGCCCCUCCCUCUCCCCGCCCCGUCCAAGCAGCGGCGCCUCCCUCUUAGGCACGGGGUCGCCAAGCUCGCGGGCCGGCGGGGGCUUGCAGAGCCGCUCCCGGGGACUCCCUUUCCCCGUCUUCCCGCGGGGCUGCCAGGUUCAUGGGAACCGGACAGAGCGUGGCGUCUGA